AUGCUCUCCCACGCAGGACCCGCCGGGUUUGCCCUGUUUCUGCUCUGCUGCAUGGAAACCUUGCUGUGCUCCCACACGGCACCCACCCAUCGGCUACAACCAAAUGAGGUUCGGAAGAUACUCUUGGAAUUACGGCACUUGUCUAAGGGACUUCUGGAAGAUUAUCAGAAGAAGGAGACGCAGUUGCCACAAUCCAACCGUUCCUCGCUCCCGUGUCUCACCUCUGACUCCCAACCACCGCACAUCAACAGCUCUGCCAUCCUGCCUUAUUUCAGGGCCAUCAGAACAUUAUCAGACAAGAACGCUGUCGAUAAAGUCCUAGAACAGCUGGACAAACUCAAAUUUCAACAUGAACCAGAAACAGAAGUUUCUAUGCCUAAAGACACCUUUGAACGUAAAACCUUCACCUUGACCGUUUUACAACAGUUCUCAGUGUGCCUGGACGGUGUGCUUAAAUCAUUGAAGUCUGGACCCCAAUAG